CAGAGAGCAGUCGCAGACAGGAUAGAGCCGAAUUCAAAGGCUAAUUCCGAAAAAUCUUAUCGAGUGCUAACCCGGAAGUAUUGCAGUAAGAAAAAGUGUUUAACUGAUCUUAUUUUGCAAAUAUAGAAGAAAGUUAUAAUAUUUCGUUCGAAUCUAAAUAUUGAAAUAGUUCGGGGUUGAAACUAUAAUUUUCUGUGAGUUGGACAGUUUUUGUGAUUGAGUUAUCUUUUUUAUAAGUGUUCAUAACUUUGAAAGAUUUACCUACGUUGUGAUCACGAUAAAAUAUAAACAUCAAGAAAACCAUGAAAAGAAAUAAUAAUGACAAUUUAGAUGUCGAGCAACGUCGACGACUAAGGAUGACAGGUUCCGAUACGCCUAACAAUGAAAUGGAGAGUACACUACCAAAUGGUCGGUCUAGUCCACAGGUGUUGCAGGUGAUGCGGCCAUAUUACGAACAAGAGCAAUUAAAUAAUGAAUUGUUGUACAGUAAACCAAAAUCAAAUGGAUAUCAAGAAUUUCUACCGAAACCAAGUAACUUCAGUAUUUGGCAUCUUAUAAAAAGUAUCUUUCCAAUUCUGGACUGGCUUCCCAAAUAUUCAUGGAAAAAUGAUUUAGUGGCAGAUAUUGUGACAGGAUGCACAGUUGCUGUAAUGCAUAUACCACAAGGAAUGGGUUACGCUUUAUUGGGAAACGUGCCGCCAAUUGCGGGUAUUUACAUGGCAUUUUUUCCUGUCCUGGUUUACGUUAUCUUUGGUACAUCACGUCAUAAUUCUAUGGGUACUUUUGCUGUUAUAUCCAUCAUGGUUGGAAAAGUAGUACAAUCCCGUGCUACUGCUGAUGCGAGCGCAGCUAUUACUGCGAAUUUAACGGCUACGGAUGCUCCGCCUACAGAGGUGUAUACCCCCACUGAUGUUGCGACGGCUGUUUGCUUCCUAGCUGGAGUUAUGCAAUUGGUUAUGUUCGCUCUGAGAUUGGGAAUAGUAACGUCCCUUCUCUCGGAAACACUAGUCUCAGGCUUCACAACUGGAGCGGCAAUAUAUGUUUUCACGUCACAAAUAAAGGAUGUUCUUGGUAUUUCGAUAAAGUCUCAGACCGGAAUCUGUGAAGUGGUUUUGAAUUACAUCGAAAUUUUUAAAAAUAUUGUAAAUGUAAAUUGGGUUGCAUUCGGACUGGCAGCAACUACAAUGGUUAUUUUAGCGAUAAAUAAUGAAAUUUUAAAGCCAAGAUUAGCGAAAAUGUGUGCAUUCCCUGUGCCCAUUGAAUUGAUUAUCGUUCUUGGGGGAACUUUGGCUUCAAAAUAUCUUUAUUUGCAAAGAGACUAUUCAGUAAAGAUUUUAGGAAAUAUCCCUACCGGAUUUCCAGAAAUGGCGUUUCCUAAGGUAACUCUCCUCCAAGAGGUCAUCGUGGAUAGCAUUCCUAUUGCAAUUGUGUCUUAUGCAGUGGCUGUCUCCAUGGCAAUGAUAUUUGCCCAAAAACUCAACUAUGAAGUCAAUUCAAACCAGGAAUUGCUUGCAAUGGGGGCCGGAAAUGUAGUUGGCUCACUAUUUUCUUGUAUGCCAUUUUCAGCUUCGUUGUCACGCUCAAUUAUUCAACAAACUGUCGGUGGUAGAACUCAGAUUGCCUCAGUAUUUUCGUGCCUAAUUUUGGCAUUUGUACUUCUCUGGAUUGGACCAUUUUUUGAACCAUUGCCAAGGAGUGUUUUGGCUGGAAUCAUUCUAAUCGCGUUGAAGGGUAUGCUGAAGCAGUUAAUGGACUUUUUCAAAUUCUGGAAAUUGAGCCGAUUAGAUGCAGUAGUUUGGCUUGCUACAUUCUUGACUGUGGUUUUUGUUGCCAUUGACAUCGGUUUAUUAGUGGGAAUCAUCCUUAGCUUGUCAUGCAUAUUCAUCCGCGGUAUGAAACCAUACACAUGCCUCCUCGGCCAAGUAGCUAACACUGACCUUUACUUGGAUAUUAGGAGAUACAAAGCGGCCGAAGAGAUUCCCAACAUCAAAAUCUUCCAUUUCUGUGGCAGUAUUAACUUUGCUUCAAGGGAUACCUUUAAAAACGAAUUAUGCUCAACAUUAGGCAUGGACUUGGCUAAGGAAUUGAAGCGAUGUUCCAAACUCUCGAAUCAACAUGUGGAAUACGACUCAACGCACUUGGGCUUCAAGUGCCUCAUUUUAGACUUCUCAGCGUUAAGUUACAUCGAUCCAUCUGGGGUCUCUUCAUUGAAGAGUAUCAUCAAUGAGUUCCACAAACUUUCAGCAGUUGUUUAUGUUGCAGGAUGCUCAUGUCCUGUCUACGAAGUAAUGAAGAAAUGUGAUCUACGAAAUAGUAGUGAUGGCAGAUUCAAACAGUUUCCUACGGUUCAUGAUGCUGUGCAUUAUGCUAUGGAAGUGAUUACACCGAUUAGUGUAGUUAACGUUAAAGACAGUUCAUAAGCUGCCAUUUUAAACGUAUUUUAGACAUUAUCGUGUAAAUUAGAAUUUAUAUUGUAAUUAUUUAUUUUUAAUCUGGUCAUAAUUAAUAAUAAUAAUAAUAUUAUGGUA